ACACGAAACACAGCCAAGAUUGACAAGAAUAUUGUCAAAACUACCAAAGCCAAUGGCAAGGUCCUACUACUACUACUAGAUGCACAAAGAAGAUGUUCUCAGUUGAGUUCUUGUAGGUCCUGCAAACGAGUCACUUUCGACGUUUCGUACUACCAAGAGUCCAUAAGUAAGGCAUAACCCCCCUACGCGGCUACUUCCUGCGCUCUACGUUGUACUGUGUGGCAGAGCCAGAGGUCGCGCGAUCGAAGCUGCGCAGUGCAGUGAGUCGCGGUGCAUUGUCGACCUGCACUCGCGCAUUUGUCGCCUUCUACUUCACUAGUUUCAGCAUCAGGCUCUGGUGAGGUCAGCUUGACCCAGGCCAGGUCAGGACUCAGGACCUGACAGCUCGCGUAGCAUUUUCCAAGAUCUUCAGUGAAACCCUGGACCGAUGCAAUACUCCACCAUGCCAGAGAAACAGGCAUCCGAUCCCGACCUGAAAUUGACUUCGAAGACGAGCAAGGAUGUCGUCAAGCAACUUCCGUUCAGUCAACUGGACACAAGAGCGAGGGCGAAGCGCAUUCUCUAUGACUACUUCUUUAUGCUGGUAUUGUUCAUCGGCUUUCUCUACCUCUUCAUCUGUGCUCUGUCCAUCAUGGGCUCGGCGUUUCAGCUCCUAGGAGGAAAGGACGCUGGCAAAUCGUUGUCGAACAACAAGUUGUUUGACAACCCGAUAGCUGGUCUAGUCCUGGGUGUGCUGGCUACUGUCUUGCUGCAAAGCUCAUCCACCACCACCUCCAUUGUCAUCACCAUGACUGCCGCAGACUUGUUGCAAGUGAAGCAAGCUAUCUACCUGAUCAUGGGUGCGAAUAUUGGCACGUCCGUCACCAACACCAUUGUGGCACUGGGACAGAUCAAGGACAGGAACGAGUUUGAACUGGCCUUUGCUGGCGCUACCAUACACGACAUGUUCAACUUCCUCUCCGUGUGCGUUCUAUUGCCUCUAGAAGCUGCCAGUGGAUACUUGAAGGCCUUGACGGGCGCUCUUGUCGACUCCUGGCACUUGGUGACGGACAAGAGCCAGAAGAAAGACUUGCUCAAGAAGCUCACGAACCCACUGACGAAAAAGAUUGUACAGAUCGACAAGAAACCCAUUGAGAAGAUUGCAAAGGGCGAGCUAUCUGUGUCCGAGGCCAGUUUGCUGAAGAAGUACUGUGACAAGGUAACGUACACGAGUUUUGAUUGCCCGGUGAAGGAUGGCACACUGAUGAACACAACUGCUAAUGCUACAACAGCUGCUGCCACUACUGCAGUGGCGUCGACCACCACAAUCACGAGCUCAGGCAUGACGACCAGCAGCAUCGCAAUGGCGAACAUGACGGAGGGGCUUGGGAACGACACGCUUGGUGAUAUCGUCAGCAAUGUGACCUGCGAGAAAACGAGGAAUAUCCCGUGCGAUUAUCUCUUCUACAACUCCUCCCUUUCGGAGUCAGUUAUUGGCGCUAUCUUGUUGGUCUGCUCGUUGGCGGUGCUGUGUAUUUCCCUGGUCUUCAUGGUUCGCAUCCUCACACGCUUGCUGCACGGUCGUCUAGCUGAAUCCGUGCGGAAGUUUGUCAAUGCCGAUUUCCCCGGCAGGGCCAAGUACUUCACUGGCUACCUGGCCAUACUGAUUGGAGCUGGUCUGACCAUCCUGGUGCAGUCAAGCUCCGUAUUCACCUCUGCUGUCACGCCACUGGUGGGAAUAGGCAUCAUCGACCUGGAACGCAUGUACCCACUGACGCUGGGUGCCAAUAUCGGCACCACUGUCACUGGCAUUCUGGCCGCGCUGGCCAGUAGCAAUGUUGUGCCAGCCAUGCAGGUCGCAAUGGCUCAUUUAUUCUUCAACCUGAGCGGCAUUCUCAUCUGGUACGUUGUGCCAGUCAUGCGAAAGCCGCCAAUCGCUGCGGCAAAGUUCCUCGGCCGAACGACGAGCAAGUACCGGUGGUUUGCCGUCGCGUACGUGGCCGUUGCCUUCUUCCUCGUUCCGCUGACAAUCUUUGGCUUGUCGCUGGCUGGCUGGCAGGUGCUAGUUGGCGUGGGAGUGCCCGUACUGCUGCUUAUCGCUGCCAUUGUCGUCUUGAAAGUGCUGCAGAUCAAGAGACAGGAAGUGCUGCCGGAAAAGCUGCAGACUAUGAAGUUCCUGCCUGUCUGGAUGCGCUCAUUGGAACCAAUCGACAAGCUCUUCAAGCUUCUGAAGAACGCCAUUCCCUGCUGCCAAAGCAACUCGCCCGACCUGGAGCCGAUGAGCGCCACAAGGAACGAUGCUUAUCACAGCCCGGCGGAGAUUAAGGAUGGAAGACCGCCCUUCAACGAGUCACCAGUGUAAGAACUUUGCGAGUUGUUUUGUGCUGUGGAUUCUGCUAGCGACAGAUGGAACAGCCAGGAACGCAGCAACAGCCUGCGCCCAAUCCAUCAUUAUAUUUAUUGGACCAAGACUUUUAAACUGGCUGGUGACAUGCCACCAAAGUCGCUUGUGGGUCUCGCCGUACCUGCGCAGGCUUUGUUUACUUCGUCGUAACAACACAAAGCCUGAUUUUACUCCGCUUGUUGAACAGAAAGUCACUCGAUGACUGCACCCAGCUCUCAUCAAUCGUUGCUCUUGUCACCAUGUUUGUUGGCAGCAAACUGGGCGAACCUAAAGAACAAGGACUAUAACGUUUUGUGAAGUUAUCUCUUCAACUGUGUGUUGAAGUGUUGAGUUGCAGAUACAGCAAAAAGCCACUGUGCUAGAAACAUCAUCUUUUUUGCUUUGUUGCCCAUUCCGUACCUACUUUGAAGUAUCUACAAACCUUUGUAUAUGGCAAGCUUCUUAUUAACUUCUUAUAUCUAUGUAGCACAAUAUUAUUUAUUGGUGUGCGCAUGGUAUCCUUGAUGAAGGUGCUGGUGUUGAGACCCUAUCGCCUUGGUGUUGCAAUUCUGUACAUGUACCACGCUGUGCUACACUGUACUAAUAGCUACACGUAUCUCUGAUCAGUGAAGUAAUGACUAUGUCCCAAACUAGGAACCCUAUAUCAGGCUAUUUGCACAGCUUAGGACUAGCUGUGUAACAGUCCAAAACCCUUCAGUGCUGUUCGCUUGUGACCUAGUACUAGUAUUCCACGUAUAUAAUUAUUUAGGCUGUGCUCCAUUUGCCCCGUUGGGUGCAUUAUUUACUCGUUUUUCAACGGCUUUUCACUCUUUUUUGAACAGACCAUACUGUAUCAUAAUAA